GAGAUACUGUCGUCACCCUGGUGUCACAGCGUGUCAAACACUCCAGGUUGAUUCUGCAGAUUUCUCUGAUUUGAAGCCGGAUUAGAAGAGCCACCUGCAAGAGGCAGCAGUGGUUUGUUGUGAUUGCUGUUGUUGUCAGCGUCAGCUGCUCUUCGGGCUGCAUAUUUUUGGCAAGAUGAUGGAGGAGGUGUCUGACAUGAUGGCUUACGAUGCCCAAGUUAUGGCGCAGAUGAGCGAAGAGGAGAUCCUGGCUUGCCUGGUUGAUGAAACGGGACCUAAAUUCACAGUUCCAACAAAGAAGGCAAAAAUGGGAGAGAGCCUGCUGCAGAUAAUGGAGGAUGAAGAAGAAGACCCCUUGGACAAAUACCUGAGGGAGAACCGUCAGCUCCUGCAGGUCAGCCUGCGUCUGGAGCAGGAGAAUGACGACCUCGCCCACAGACUCAUCAGCAGCAAGGUCGCCCUGAGGAACGCUCUGGACAAGGCAGAGGACAAAGUGGAUGAACUCGUCAAAGACCUUCUGCAGACCAGACAUCAACUAGCGGUCACAGAAGAGGAGAAGAGAGGGACAGAUGAGGAAACUGCAAAGUUAAAGGAAGUGUUUAGGAGAGAGCUGGAGAAAGCUGAGCAGGAAGUCAAAAGGUCUUCUGGUAUCGUUGCAGACUACAAACAGAUCUGUUCUCAGCUGACAAAUCGUCUGGAGAAGCAGCAGGCCGCCCACAGAGAAGAGUUAGAUUCACUCAAGAGUGCAAUAAAAGCUUGCUCACGCUGUCAACACCUCGUAGAUAAAUCAGAGGAACCAUCCACCACAGCUCAGAACUCUGAAGCUACAGAGGGCUUUCUGAUGAAUGAACUGGGCCUGGAUGAGGACAGCGAAAGUUCCAAAAAAGCUGAACCGAGGAGAGACGAGGAGAAGGAGUUCCUUAAGGCCCAGAUCAGGGAGCUGGAGAAGGAGCUAGCACAGACCAAACUCCAGAUGGUGGAAUCCAAGUGCAACAUUCAGGAGCUGGAGCACCAGAGAGGAAUCCUAGCAAAUGACCUCCAGGAAGCAAAGAACAGCUGGAUCAGUAAGGCCUUCACCUCUCUGCGGACUUCAAGUGGAGGUGGGCUUCCCAGCAUGAGCAUACCCAGUGAUGGAGCCCCCACAGCUGGAUGGAACCUCAACAGUAGCUCCCUCUCUGGAUGGAGCACCAAGAAGCUGUCAUGGCCUCACAAAGACAAUAGAGAAAAGGUCUGAUCUGCUCGUACUGUGACAGCACAGAUCAAAUAAAACUGGACUCAAUACAGUGAUACAGACCUGUGUACAUAAUGUAAUAUUGCUGCUGUUUAUUGUUUUGUACACUAGGGGACAAUCUAGAGCAAAACAGGAGCAGAGGAGAGUACCUGAGAGCAUAUCCAGGUGCAGGCAGACAUGUACUCUCUUGUCUGCUCCCAACUUUCCAAGUAUUUUUAACUCUGACAAAGUAUUUUCUCUGCCUGUAAACUAGAUGCAUGUGCCAUGAAUGUUUUUUAUUGUAAACAAU